CGACGAAGUGUUCAGGUGGAAAUGAGAGACGUGUUUUAGUUUUAUACACCGGUGGCACCAUCGGUAUGGUGGCAAACAAACAUGGUGGUAACUAUACGUCGGCAGUGUAUUGAUUAAAUUUUCCAAUAUCUAUUAAAUUCAUUUGAUAAGAGAAAUUUAUGUGUACCUUUAUAAUCAGAUAUUUUACAAACUUUUAGCAACCAAUUAGUAACAAUUUAUUGUCCUUUCGAUAGUUUUUUCAUACCUUUAUAUUAAUUAAUUAUUUGAAUUUUGAUAAAUGUAGCAGUGAAUUCGUUUUUGUAUUUAAAUAGUGUUACUAAAAUAUUUAGUAACACCUCCGAUAAAGUUAAUAGGAGAUGCUAUUUUUUUUAACUUUUAAACGUAUUUUAUUUUCCAUCAUUAUCUCUUCACUCGCAUCCUCCCAGCAAAAGCUGGCUCACUUGAUUUGACUAGCUUUAGUGAAAGGACUUUAGGAUUAUUUCAUGAUUUUCUUAAUUUUCCUUGAUUUGAUAUAUAUCGAACGUCUUUAGUCUUUUUUUUUUAACUAUGUAGGGAAAUUCUUUAGGUCAGUUUUGAGACCUGAUGUAAUUGUUUAAGGUUUAUUCACAGUGAAUCAUUUAUUGAAAUUUUUGUUGAAAUGUUGUGUUGUAAUUCUGUUGUAAUGCUUUCAACUUAAUCUUAUUUUUACAAAGGAUAUCGCUAACUAAUUAUUAGUUUAACUCAUCUUAUCCUUUACUAAAAACAUUACAAAUGUUUGAUAAUAACGUCCGUCAAUAUUUGCAGCUCUCGCACCUCAGAAAGGAAUUUUUCAAAAACUCAUUCGCAGGUAUCCGCAACUUCAUGACAGUUCUUAUUUUAAACAAAGUGAAGCCAAUUUUGACACUUCUUUUAUGGUGUUACCAGUUUACAGAAUCUAAAGACUUAGGUGGGAGAAUAAUUUACAAGAUGAUAGAAUAUGAAAUUUUACUAGAUUCUUCAAACAUGACUUUUGAUGACUGGAUUCAAAUAGCGGAAGAUGUCAUGAAAUAUUACGACCAAUAUGAUGGUUUCGUAGUUCUUCACGGUACUGACACACUGUCGUACACGGCGUCGGCCUUAUCGUUUAUGUUCGAAAAUAUUGGCAAAAGCAUUGUACUCACUGGCUCACAGAUUCCUAUAUUUGAACCGAGGAGUGACGGGUCAGAUAACUUGGUGUCAUCGUUGCUCAUAGCCGGUGGACUGAACAUACCAGAAGUCACCGUGUUUUUUGGAAAUAAACUUUAUAGAGGAAAUAGAACGAGAAAGAUAUCAGCUAACAACCUCAACGCCUUUAGCUCUCCGAAUUGUGUGCCCCUAGUGGAAGUUGGUAUCGACUUUGAAGUAAACAAAAAGGCGAUAUUCAAACCUACCAACAAAGAGAGAUGUCACUUACAUGCUAAAAUGUCCAAAAAUGUUGGUCUUCUCAGGAUAUUUCCAAGUAUAAGCACAUCUUUGAUUAGAGCAUUCUUUCAGCCUCCGAUUGAAGGCGUAGUAUUAGAAAGCUACGGGGCUGGCAACAUCCCGUCUAACCGUGAAGAUCUGUUAACGGAAAUAUCAGCAGCUGUUAAGAGAGGAAUGAUUGUAGUUAACAUCACCCAAUGCUUAAGAGGAGGAGUUGUGGCGGCCAUGUACGAAACGGGAAAGUUUUUAUCAGAAUGCGGAGUGGUGUCAGGUUACGACAUGACGCCGGAGGCUGCUCUCGCCAAACUAUCGUACGUGCUGUCCAAAACAGAAUUGACGUACCAACAAAAAGUUGAUAUGAUGGUGACAAAUAUAAGAGGAGAGUUAACAAAAACGUCAUCAAUAUCAAUCGAGGACGAUACACUCUUAGAAGCGUUGGCGUUAACUCUAAACAUAGAAUCACAAAAUAAAUUAGUUGAGGUGACAGAAAAGGUAUUUAAUGUGCUUCUGUUGUAUGCGAUAGGAAAAAAUGAUGUUGGCGCCGUCAAGAUGAUGCUGGACAUGGGAGCAAAUAUUAACACAAAAAACUCUGAUGGCAGCACUGUAUUACAUGAAGCUGUUCUUAAAGGAAAUAUGCAAAUGAUUGAGUAUUUGUUGAAAAAUGGCGCUGAAGUUAAUAUUUGGAUGAGAUGUGGGGAGAGCCCUCUCUUAGCAGCUAUUCACAAAGAUAACGUCGCUGUGAUAUGUCUGCUACAAAAGUACGGAGCAUGCCUCAGUAGCGAGGAUAGGAAAAUUGUGGCAGAUAUGUCUUCAUUGGCAGCCAGGUGUGGAGAUCUCAAAAAACUUAAGACCUUGAUCGCAGCGGGUUUAGAUCUCAGUGCGCCAGAUGAGAUAGGGCAGAAUCUAUUGCAUAAAGCCGUUCUCUGUAAUAAUCCAGCGGUGGUCAGAUAUCUGUUAUCGCAGGGAGUGGACAAAGAAACCAAAGACAUCCUUGGAUUCACUCCGAUGGAUUGCGCGAUAAAGUUGGAACUCACCAAUAUUAUUGAUAUGUUGAAAUAAAUAUUUCUUUAUA